AUGAAGUCCUUCGGAAUCAUCGCUGCCUCUGCGCUCUUUGGAGCCAUUGUCAACGCUGCGCCUCUUAACAAGCGCGAUGUCGUCUGGGUCACGGAGAUCGAGACUGAUAUUGUGACUGUGCCCGUGACAUUGACCGUCUGGGCUGAUGCUGCCGAGGAGACUACUGUCUCGACCACAACCACUGAGAGCAGCUCGGCCGCAACCACUGAGAGCAGACACGGCCACAAGUUCUUCCACUCGAAGGCUUCAACCAGCUCUACUCCUGUCGCUAUCGUUUCCACCACCAGCAGCUCUCCUAUCUUUGUUGCACCUACCCCUUCGAGCACCCUUGUCUAUGUUGCUCCUACUACCUCGACUACUUCUACCUACGUUGCACCCACCACUAGCAGCUCCGAGGUCUAUGUCGCUCCUACCACCACCAGCUCCGAGGUUUAUGUCGCUCCUACUACUAGCAGCACUGAAGUCUACGUUGCUCCCACGACAAGCACUGAAGCCUACGUCGCCCCCACCAUUGCAAGCACUUCGGAAGUCUAUGUCGCACCCACCACCAGCACUACCAGCAGCGCCCCUGCCGCAACUACCAGCGCCUCUUCCGGAUCCGGCUCCAGCAGUGGACUGGCCGCAUCUGGCACUGAGUACACUGGAGACCUGACUUGGUACGAUGUCGGUCUCGGUGCUUGUGGAUUGACCAGCACCUCCGACGAGGCCAUUGUCGCAAUCUCCCAAGACAUCUUCGACAACGCCCAAUACAAGACUGCCAACCCCAACCUCAACCCUCUGUGCGGCAAGUACGUUACUAUCACUGGCAAGGGCGGCCAAACCUACCAGGCCAAGGUUGUCGACCGCUGCGUUGGCUGUGCCGAGGCAGACCUUGACCUUAGCCAGGAUUUCUUCAAUAAGGUCACCAGCAACGGUGAUGGUCGCGUUUCUGGCAUGUCCUGGACAUGGAACUAA